UUCAAUUAUAAAUGAAAAAAACUGGGUCCUGUACCAUUUCCAAGCAAGCAUCCAAUGUGAUGCGAGCGUGCAUGUCUAAAAUGCGCCAACCAACCCGGGUGGGCCCUCCACGCAUGAGCCGGCAAAGGGGCGGGCCGGCCGCUCAGCUGAUGGCUGAGCUGCUCCACACAAUCUCAGUCCUCGGUGGGUGACUGCGGUCACACGAGACAUUUUCUCGCCAAUUAUUCCCUUCGUCGACUUGCGGCGGGCACUAAAUGGCAUCUCGCCGCGGGAUGCACCUGAAGGCACCACACGCACGCACGCACGCACAGGCAACGCACGUUGACCUGCCCCCACUGCGUGUUAUGAAUGCGAGCCCACGCGUGGCUUUUGUCCCGUGAUGGGGAGAAGAAUCACAUGGAGCCACCGUGCUGUCAUCCUGCUGGCCGUCAUCAUGGGCUCAUGUCGGGCCAUCACUCUGGACUCCAUCCUCUGGGGCAGCGCCAACGCAAACUUUACUCCAGGCCAAGGUCUGGUCCUCUACCCUCAGAUUGGGGACAAGAUGGAUAUAGUCUGUCCACGGGCAGACGCCUCCAAGGGGGAAAGCGAGGAGUUCUACCGAGUGUACCUGGUCUCCCGGAGUCAGAUGGAGAGCUGCACUAUUCACAAGAAGGACACACCCCUGCUGAACUGCGAUAAGCCGCACCGAGAUGUCAAGUUCACGUUCAAGUUCCAGGAGUUCAGCCCCAACCUGUGGGGACUGGAGUUCCUCAAGGGGAAGGAUUACUACAUCACUUCUACAUCUACAGGAGCUCUGCAAAGUCUGGAUAACACUAAUGGAGGCGUGUGCAGGACCAAAUCCAUGAAGCUGGUGCUGAGAGUCGGGCAAAGUUCCUCAGAUCCUCGAUCAACACUUCAGGAGUCCCCGACCAGAUUUUCCCCGACACAACCAAAACUGAAAGACAAGGAUGCAGCUAAAGAUAAUGAUAUCAAGAGCAAAACCGACGCAGGCUCAGAAGCAGGGCAGUUCAACCCCGGUGGCAGUGGUGGCUCACAGCCAGGACUGUUGAUAUGGGUUGUCUCGGCCUGUGUGAUCCUCCUCCUCCUCAUCAUCAUCCCGUCGGCCGUGCUGUGGAAGUGUCGUCGCUGUGUCCCAGAUAGGCAGCAGUCUGCGUCUGUGUCCCUCAACACUUUAGCUGUGCCAAAGCGGGACAGCAUCAGCAGCGACAACAUUGGCUCGGACCGCAGCGAGAUCGUCUUUCCUCUGCAGGCCUCCGACAGCAGGCUCUGUCGACAUUUUGAGCGUGUGAGCGGCGAAUAUGGACCCCCUGUGUACAUUGUUAAGGAGAUAAUGCCCCAGACCCCCACUAACAUUUACUAUAAAGUCUAAUUUUGGCUGCUUGCAAUGCCAUUUCUUCUUUGCUAAUAAUGUUAUUAGCACUGUGGACAAGAGGACAGAACAGCUUGCCUCAUAAAAUAAGUAUUUUUUUGUGAAGAGACAAUCAGAGAGAAACAUCCAAGGAGACUAAUCAAUAAUCGAUUCCACACAUUUAGUAAAUAAACAAUUUGCCUAUGCCCUGCGAUUGGCUGGCAACCACUUCAGGGUGUACCCCGCCUCCUGGCCGAUGAUAGCUGGGAUCGGCUCCAGCACGCUCCCGUGACCCUAGUGAGGAGAAGCGGCUCAGAAAAUGGAUGGAUGGAUGGAUGGACGACUUGCCUAUUAUGAUUUCUAAUUGAAGCGGUUUUGAAAUAUUUUGAAACUUUUAGUCUCAACUUCAUCUUGCAUCUUUCGUAAAUAUGUACAGUAUGUGUUGAUUUACUUUUUUUUUUUUUUUAAACAAAUCAAUCCGAUGUUGCACUCCAAAUUGUUGAAACACUUUCCCCUACUUUAAGCACACUUAUAUUUCUUUACUAGAACUUUAAAAACUGGAUGAAAUUGUUUUAGGGAAAAUAAAAUUUGGAAUUUGUGGCUUUUAUUCGGGUUUUCCAACUAUUGGAAAUUUGCAGUGAUUGUGCAUUUCUAUAACAUACAUUUAUAGGUUUCAGGUCAUUGUAUAUCCAUGGUUACAUGGUAUAAUAAUAAUAAUAAAUUUAUUUUAUAGAGCGCUUUAAAAGGGUACUCAAGAUGCUUCACAAAUAAUAAAAUGCUAGGAUUAAAACAUUUUGAAUCAACUGAAAUUGAAAUGUCUGAAUGCGUUUCGAUCAACACUAAAUUGCACUAAUAAAAGCAGUAAAUAAUACGAGAAACACAACCAAAUUGCACUUGUAGAAUCACUAAAUGUGACAGAAUUCCUUAAUUUCCCUCAGGGAAGUUUAUGAAUAUAAAUGUACAAAAUCACAACUGACUUGACAAACAGUAGGAUGUUAAAGAAACAAGUUUCCAUCAGGAACAAUCCUUUUAAAAAAUAAAUAAAUAAAUAGUGUUUCUGCUUUCUUUUGGGUGCAAUUAGAAGGGUGACAUUGCUCAGAGUCCAUUUACUUUUUACUUCUAAAUAUGUGCAAGGGAAAUUGAAUGUCAGUCUGCUUAGUGGCAUCAUGCUGUGAGCGUCUGUGUGCAAUGUUAGGCUUAACAGAUUAGAGUGAGGAAGGGUCCCUUGUAUAUGAACAUUUUUACUGACCAGUAAAAGAUAUGUAUAUGAAUAUCUUUGGAAUGGCCAUAAUCUGAAGUAAAGUGGCGCUAUAACCCCAAACCCUCAGCGAUUUACCCAAUCAGAAGCUUCAAGUCUGUAGCUUCAAGAAUAACACAUUUGAAUAUACAUUAACAGCACAAAAAUUAUGACAUUAUUCAAAUCAUCAUUCUUCCCAUCCCCCCCAAAACAAAACAAUAAUGUUUUUAGUGGCUUGAAACACAGUGGUUGAAAAUUCAAACACAAAACAUAUUUCAAAAAGUAAAAUUUACUUUGUUCACUGCAGCUUCCUAAGCUUCCAGCUUCUCAUCCACAUACACGAGGCAUCGUUAUCUUUAAUUAUUGUCGUAAAAAAAAAAAAAAAAACAGUCAGCAGUUGACUGUCUCCCAGCCUCUCCUGUGGCAACAUGCAUGACAUCCAUGGAUGAACACGUUUCAUGCUCCCUCAGCCACAUCAUGCCACACAUUUUCAACCUGUCAGCUUCCAUGAGCCUCUCAGUCACUAGAGACACGCUUACUUCUGAUGAUUGCAGGUCUACUUUAGCUUUGUGUUGUUGUUCAACCCGUGAACACAAGAUAAAUGCAGUUUUUUUUUUUUUUUUUUUUUUUACAAUGGCCUGUAAUCAUUUAUACGCUUUAGUAAAGAUUGCAGAACGUAGCUCACUCCUUUCUGACAAGAGUGACGCUCGAAACCUGUACUCUCGUAAGACCAACAUCAACCAAAUUAAACAAUCAAUACCAUUUCUUGAUGAAUAUCACAAAAAUUGUGACUAUUUUUGUUCACGUCUGUGGAUGUGAGUCAGUCACAACUUGGGUUUCUAAACAAGAGGUAAAACGUUUGUGUUUUGUGCGCCAGUGUGUGAUUCUUGCAAGAUGUUCUUUGUGCAAUGUGAAGCUUCACAGCUGGAUAGGCCAUGGUCAGUUGACCCCGGGGUCACAAGGAGACAAUGGCCAGUCAGGCCUCAAUAGGAAGAACUAAACAGGGACCCCUGCGCUGAUGGUCCCUGAUGUGGGAGGAGCCAUUUUAGAAAGAAGGUCACAGAAAUGGGCAAAGGGCAUGUAUCUCAAGUACAGGGUUGAAUGUCACUAGGAAUUGUACCGACAUAUUAGUUUGAAUUGUUUUUGUUGCAUCUCAGAUGUCUUAUACAUGUACAGGCCUUUUUUCCCACCUUUUUGUUUUUCGCAAAAUAAAAAGCAGCAGCUUGAAAUGCUGUUUCUCUAA